AUGAAAGACCGGACAAGCGAUCAUAUUCAUUUUCCCCAGCAUGCUCAUCGCAUUCCACGACGCUCAGACGGUGUCAGUGGAUAUAGCGAUUUGCUGGGGAGGGCGGUGUUGAUAUCCAUCAUCAACUACCUCGCUGAUGUUGUCGAUGCAAUUGAAGACAUCAAGCUGCCCAAAGAGCACAAAGAUCGUACCAAGCUGAAGAGCGAUAAGAAGAGAAUGUGCGAUACUGCUGUCAGAGGUGCAAACACGUUGACAGCCCUGUUCAAUUCGGCAAAGGGCCAGACCAAGUACACAGACCCAGCCCGUGAGUCAAUCUCGCUCGACCAACCCCUGCAAUCAGCAAAUCCAUCUAACCUUAUCACAGCAAAGAACUUGCCGCUCUACCGAGACGAAAUCCGGGGUCAGUUAUUGUAUCCCCUGUCAAAAGCCAAGACAUCGAAGCCCAGCCUUGGCAAAUCUUUCACAUUCGCCCCAUGGCAGCAAAGACUCACCGCCAUAUUGUCCGGUAUCGAGGAAGAAGUCUGCUGGUGGCUCCGGCUUCAACGUCCAGCCAAGGCAUAUGAUAAGCGCUCAACAACACAGAGUCAUACAAGCAAGGCAUAUGGCCAACGCUCAACCGCUAGCAAGCCCUAUGAUCAAUACUCUACACGCACGGGCAAGACUGAUCAGCGAUCGUCAAGGCCCAAGCAGUCAAAGAGCCAUUCUCAGCGAGGGAAGAGGAGCCGUUCACCUUCACCCUCCGGUGGAUGUGCUGUUAUGUAG